AGGCGGUAGUUCGCGUUUUGAGCCGCUCGUGCCACCAUAGCUGCUUGCUGCCGCUGCUGCGGCGGAGCUGAAACUGCCGAGCGCGAUGCCCGAGGGCGCUUUGAGCCUGGUGGCCCCCGCGCCCCGGGGCUGGUUAUUGAAAGGGCAUAUUAGAGGGCCCUGUGGAGUGGGAAGGCAGUGCAGCUGCUGAGACAAGACACAGGACUGGGCCGGGGACUGUCCCACGGGGCUCCUCCUCAUGAUGGCUGUGGAAGGGUCAACCAUUACCAGCCGGAUCAAGAACCUGCUGAGAUCCCCCUCCAUCAAACUACGCAGGAGUAAGGCAGGAAACCGACGGGAGAACCUCAGCUCCAAGGUGACCUUGGAGAAGGUGCUGGGAAUUACAGUGUCUGGAGGCAGAGGACUUGCCUGUGACCCCCGAUCAGGUUUAGUUGCCUACCCAGCUGGGUGUGUGGUCGUUUUGUUCAAUCCUCGGAAACACAAACAACACCACAUCCUCAACAGUUCCAGGAAAACCAUCACUGCCCUUGCCUUCUCCCCUGAUGGCAAGUACUUGGUCACUGGAGAGAGUGGGCACAUGCCGGCUGUGCGUGUUUGGGACGUGGCUGAGCGUAGCCAGGUGGCAGAGCUGCAAGAGCAUAAGUAUGGUGUGGCUUGUGUGGCCUUCUCUCCGAGUGCCAAGUACAUAGUCUCUGUGGGCUACCAGCAUGACAUGAUCGUCAACGUCUGGGCCUGGAAGAAAAACGUUGUGGUGGCCUCCAACAAGGUGUCCAGUCGAGUGACAGCAGUGUCUUUCUCUGAAGAUUGCAGCUACUUUGUCACUGCAGGCAACCGGCAUAUCAAAUUCUGGUAUCUCGAUGACAGCAAGACUUCAAAGGUGAACACCACUGUGCCCCUGCUGGGCCGAUCAGGACUGCUGGGGGAGCUACGGAACAACCUGUUCACUGAUGUGGCCUGUGGCCGAGGGAAGAAGGCGGACAGCACCUUCUGCAUCACAUCCUCGGGACUGCUAUGCGAGUUCAGUGAUCGGAGGCUUUUGGACAAGUGGGUAGAGCUGAGAAACACAGACAGCUUCACAACCACAGUGGCCCACUGCAUCUCUGUGAGCCAAGACUACAUCUUCUGUGGCUGUGCUGAUGGCACUGUGCGCCUUUUCAACCCCUCUAACCUGCACUUCCUUAGUACCCUACCUCGACCGCAUGCCCUGGGGACAGACAUUGCCAGCGUCACUGAGGCCAGUCGCCUCUUCUCUGGCAUGGCCAAUGCCAGGUAUCCAGACACCAUUGCCUUGACCUUUGAUCCUACUAAUCAGUGGCUGUCUUGUGUGUACAACGACCACAGCAUUUAUGUUUGGGAUGUGAGGGACCCCAAGAAAGUGGGCAAGGUGUACUCGGCUCUGUAUCAUUCCUCCUGCGUCUGGAGUGUGGAGGUCUACCCUGAGGUGAAGGACAGUAACCAGGCCUGCCUGCCCCCCAGUUCCUUCAUUACCUGCUCCUCAGACAACACCAUCCGUCUGUGGAACACAGAAAGCUCUGGGGUACAUGGCUCUACCCUGCACCGAAACAUCCUCAGCAAUGACCUCAUUAAGAUCAUCUAUGUGGAUGGGAACACUCAAGCCUUGCUGGACACGGAGCUGCCUGGAGGAGACAAAGCUGAUAGUUCACUGAUGGAUCCCCGCGUGGGCAUCCGCUCUGUGUGUAUCAGCCCCAAUGGACAGCAUCUAGCUUCAGGGGACCGUAUGGGCACACUUAGGGUGCAUGAACUUCAGUCCCUGAGUGAGAUGCUGAAGGUAGAGGCCCAUGACUCAGAGAUUCUGUGCCUGGAGUACUCCAAGCCAGACACAGGUCUGAAGCUGCUAGCGUCAGCAAGCCGGGACCGGCUGAUCCAUGUGCUGGAUGCUGGACGGGAAUAUAGCCUACAGCAGACGCUGGAUGAGCACUCAUCCUCCAUCACUGCCGUCAAGUUUGCAGCCAGCGAUGGGCAAGUCCGCAUGAUCAGCUGUGGUGCAGACAAGAGCAUCUACUUCCGCACUGCACAGAAGUCUGGAGAUGGAGUACAGUUUACACGGACACACCACGUAGUACGGAAGACGACUCUCUAUGACAUGGAUGUGGAGCCCAGCUGGAAGUACACGGCAAUCGGCUGCCAGGACCGAAAUAUUCGGAUAUUUAACAUCAGCAGUGGGAAGCAGAAGAAGCUGUUUAAAGGGUCACAGGGUGAGGAUGGCACACUCAUUAAGGUGCAAACAGACCCCUCAGGGAUCUACAUUGCUACCAGCUGUUCCGAUAAGAACCUCUCCAUUUUUGACUUCUCCACGGGCGAGUGUGUGGCCACAAUGUUUGGCCAUUCAGAGAUUGUCACUGGCAUGAAAUUUAGUAAUGACUGCAAGCAUCUCAUCUCUGUGUCAGGGGACAGCUGCAUAUUUGUGUGGCGCCUGAGCUCUGAGAUGACCAUCAGCAUGAGGCAGCGUCUGGCUGAGCUGCGCCAGCGCCAGCGAGGAGGCAAGCAGCAAGGACCAUCCUCUCCCCAAAGGGCCUCUGGACCCAGGAGGCACCAGGCCCCAUCGAUGCUCUCUCCUGGACCAGCUCUCUCAUCAGACAGUGACAAAGAGGGAGAAGACGAGGGUACCGAAGAAGAAGAACUUCCAGCUCUACCCAUCCUUGCCAAGAGUACCAAGAAAGAGCCAGGCUCAGUUCCCAGUGCAGCCCUGUCCCGAAGCCUAUCCCACUGGGAGAUGAGUCGGGCACAGGAGACAGUGGAGUUCCUGGACCCUGCUCCUGUAGCCAACCCAGGACCCAGAAGAAGAGGGCGCUGGGCUCAGCCAGGCGUGGAGCUGAGUGUUCGCUCCAUGCUGGACCUGCGGCAGCUGGAGACACUGGCCCCAAGCCCGCGGGGCCCCAGCCAGGACUUGCUGGCCAUGACCUCCUCAGGUCCUGGGAAGCAUGGUCAGCAGGUCCCUGAGACUUCCCAUCCUAGCCAGAAUGAAAAGCCCCCUCGGCCUCAGGCUUCCCAACCCUGUUGCUACCCCCACAUUAUCCGGUUAUUGUCACAAGAAGAAGGGGUCUUUGCCCAAGAUCUGGAGCCUGCACCCAUUGAAGAUGGUAUUGUCUACCCAGAGUCAAGUGACAGCCCCACUGUGGAUACCAGCGAGUUCCAGGUGCAGGCUCCAGCCCGAGGAAACCUGGGAAGAGUGUACCCAGGCUGCAGGGGCUCUGAAAAGCAUAGUCCUGACAGUGCCUGCUCUGUGGAUUAUAGCAGCAGCUGUCUUUCCAGCCCCGAGCACCCCAAUGAAGACUCCGAGAGCACAGAACCCCUGAGUGUGGAUGGCAUCUCCUCAGACCUUGAAGAGCCAGCUGAGGGUGAUGAGGAAGAGGAGGAAGAGGAGGGAGGCACUGGCUCCUAUGGGCUGCAGGAAGGCAGCCCCCGUACCCCAGACCAGGAGCAGUUUCUAAAACAGCAUUUUGAGACUCUGGCCAAUGGAGCUGCUCCAGGGGGCCCAGUCCGGGUACCAGAGAGGGCAGAGUCUCGGAGCAUCUCUUCACGAUUCCUGUUGCAAGUGCAGACCCCUCCACUCAGGGAACCAUCCCCAUCUUCCUCAAGCCUGGCACUGAUGUUGAGGACAGCCCAGGUGCCACAGGCAUCUGGUGAGCAGCUGAAAGGCAAUGGUGCCAAUCCCCCAGGAGCACCCCCAGAGGCAGAGUCUGCCCAUGGCAACCCCAGCCCACAGCAGGCUGCCCCUGUGCUGUUGCCACGACGCCGUUUCAACCCUGACAGCAGCUGGGCUCCCAAGAUAGUGGCUUCAACCAGCCCCUUAGGUGGACUCCAGAAAGCCCAGUCUGUGCACAGUCUGGUUUCACAGGACAGAGAUGAGGCCUGUCUUCAGGCCCCUUCACCAGGCCCAUUGCUCUCACGGGAGAGCGAGGCUCAGGAUGGCCUGGGCUCCCUUCCCGCAGCUGAUGGCUGUUUGUCUCAGCCCCACUCCUGCCAGAACCCUACCACCAGUUCCAUGGCCAAGAUAUCCCGCAGCAUCUCUGUUGGGGAGAACCUAGGCCUGGCAGCUGAACCUCAAGCUCCUGCCCCUAUCCGCGUCUCCCCACUCAGCAAGUUGGCCCUGCCCAGUAGGGCUCACUUGGUCCUGGACAUCCCCAAACCAUUGCCUGACCGUCCCACCCUGGCUACGUUCUCACCUGUAACCAAGGGCCGGGCCCCUGGUGGGGCAGAACAGCCUGGCUUUGCAGUGGGCCUAGGAAAGGCUCACAGUACAUCCGAGAGAUGGGCCUGCUUGGGGGAGGGUACCACUCCCAAGCUUAGGAGAGAAUGCCAGGCUCAUCCUGGGCCCAGCAGCCCCUGUGCCCAGCAACCUCCAGUCAGCAGUCUCCUCCGAGGCCCCGAGAACUUGCAGCCCCCAUCCCCUGAGAAGACUCCCAAUCCCAUGGAAUGCACCAGGCCAGGGGCAGCCCUGAGCCAGGACUCAGAACCAGAAGUGAGCCUGGAGCAGUGUGAACAACUUGUGGCAGAGCUCCGCACCAGUGUGCACCAGGCUGUGCGACUCUACCACCUGGUGGCCAGCUGCAAGAUGCCCUCAGCAGAGCAAAGUCAUAUUGCUCAGCUCCUCAGAGACACCUUCUCUUCAGUGCGGCAGGAGCUAGAGGCCCUAGCUGGGGCCACGCUAUCCAGCCCAGGUGGAAGCCCUGCAGCUGUGGGAGUUGAGCAAACGCAAGCCCUGCUCGAGCAGUACUCAGAGCUGUUGCUUCAAGCUGUGGAGCGGCGCAUGGAACGCAGACUCUGAGUUCCAGAAGCCUGUCCCAAGUGAAAGCCCCACUAUUCCAAACUGUAGCCCCUCCUCCGCUCACCAAAACCUGCGGAAAUACUUGGAGUGGAAAGCAGGGAUCAGUUCUUAGAGGUGAAACGGCUUUCCCAGCUGUUCCUCGUGGGGCUCCUGUAUUUAUUAAUUUAUUUCCCUGACUGUUGCCUCACUUCCUUGGAACUCCUGCCUCCACAGUCCCUCCAGUGGCAGGGAUAGAUCUCGGAUCUUUGUCAUCUUGGUGCUGUGAGGGCUAGUAGGGCAGCCUGCCCUAUCUGGGGGACUCUGGGAAGGGCUGGCCCUCUCUUCUUAGAAGCCAUUUGAAAUUACUGCAGGGAUCAGCUCCCUGGGGUGGAGCAUACACAGGGUACUCCGUGGGGUAGAGGUGAGAAGCGAUGUGGUAUUCAGUGCCCUCUAGCCAACUGCAGGCCUUCACCUCUACCUCCGCUUCCCCUCCCCCAUCAGCUGCACUUGCCCGGCUGCCUGAGCAGGGGUUGUCUUCCUCAACUCCUGGCAGUUCAGAAAGGCAGAGCCAUCUGGCCCUCCAGGGUGUCCCUAGCCCUUAGGAGACUUGAGUUGGUAUUAGGACCUGAGCCCCCACAUUCCACUUCUAUUCUCCCUCCAAGAGGGCCCUAGCAUUGUUUCUGUCCCUGUGACCCCUUUCUCUCCUGGCCGGAUCUUGAGAAGCCAGCUGUGGGAUGUUGCUGCGGGACAGUAAAGCCCUGUGCUAGGCAGGCAUAAAGCUCUGGUGCCCUUCCCU